GCGGUCCAUAUAAAAUCCUCUUCUCCUCCUUUUCCCGUUUUCUGAAACUAGGGUUUCUGCUUGUUGCUCGCCGUUCGAAGCCGUCGCAGCCGAUUCUUCAAUCUUCAAGAUGCCGUCUCACAAGACCUUCAUGAUUAAGAAGAAGUUGGCGAAAAAGAUGCGACAGAACAGGCCUAUUCCUCACUGGAUUCGCCUGAGGACCGACAAUACCAUCAGGUAUAAUGCGAAGCGAAGGCACUGGCGCCGCACUAAGCUCGGAUUUUGAGGUGUUUUGCUUAUGAUUUGCUCUUCACCCUUCGCAAUUGUUUUGAACCUUUUUAAGCGUUAGUUGGAGAAGACAAAGGAUAUUGAGUAAUUUCAAUUUUAGAUUAAUCUCGGCUUUAUUUUGUUGACAUUAUCGUAGUUCAGUUUGAUGCUUUUUGUUUUAAUGGAAAUACGAAGUUUUAUUAUGGUCUUGAUUUCUCCUUACUCCUAGAGUAUGAAAUGAGAGGAGCUUGCUACCUUUAUUUCUA